AUGCAAAAAUGUUGGGCAGAGGCCAAGGGUAACAGCAGUUGUGCUUCAGGAAACGACAUUUGUCUCUGCAAUGACUCUAACUUUGGAUACGAUCUCGGAUGGUGCGCUGGCAUGGAGUGCAAUAGUGCGGAUAUCGGCGCGACGAUCGACUUUCUCUACCCUUUCUGUAGUAUGUGGAGCGCAUCGUGUCGCUGGAUUCUAGGCAAUGCUGACUCUGAUGCAAAGCUGCCGCUCUCAGUGGCUCUAGCGGUAGUGGACUAUUUCCCACCGGAACCCUUACCGGAUCGAUAACCACCGCCACUCAGACCG